GUGAGUGGAAGCGGAGGAGCGUGUUCUCAGGUCCUUUUAACAAAGAACCUGGAAACUCUGUGUGUGUGAGAGACUGCAUGUUGUAAUGUGACAUAUUAAGAUACUACCUUUCAUCAUUUGCACUUAUGAAAAAGAGUUAGCUAGUUUUAGUUAAUUAUAGUUGAGAGAAGAUGUCCACUGACUGCCAGAAGACCACUGCCAAGGCCAUCCCGUCGACCAGGAGGGUGACCAUCAACGACUCGGCGCACAUGCCCCAUGACUACUCCACGACUCCCGGAGGGACGCUGUUCAGCACAACCCCGGGUGGUACCAGGAUCAUCUACGACCGAAAGUUCCUGCUGGAGUGUCGCAGCUCUCCGGUGGCCAAGACUCCUCCGCAGGGUCUGCCCAAAAUUCCAGGGGUGACCAGUCCUCCCUCCAGAGACACCAAUGAGAAGGCCCAUAAUGGAGAACUACUGAACAACAACAGCAUCACUUCUCCCGAUUGCAGCAACACUGGUGAUGACUCGCAGUUUGAAAUGGACAUCUAGGUGCUCCUGGGACGAGUAUUAAGAUGUCAGACUUGUCAAUGAGACGCUGUGAAGAGAGGCUCAGGAGCAUCUUCUCUUUCCCCAUCAUCCAUUCCAUGAAGACAGCGCUUCGCCUUCAGUAUCUCCAGUGUCAGUGUUUUAAAGUCUGUCUUCAGCAUUCUCAUUUGCUUGUUUUGCCCAGAACAAAUCUGUAAUGGAAUAUUUUCUGUCUGCCUCAAGGCUUAAACCUGAUUUAUGUGUAACGAAGUGUGCCUUCCUGUAGUGGCUACAAGUUUAAAAUCAACACUGAGAAGUGCUUAACACCAACAAAGCCUCAUCCAUUAGAACUGAGAUAAAUUAAUGAAAAUGAAGAUCAAUGUGGAAAAAAAGAAGAAAUGAAAUUGAAAUUAUACUGUCUAACCAUUCCAGAAGGGUUUGUCACUUGAUGUGCUUUUAUUUCCACACAUUUCCUGACACCUCUCUUCAGAUAUUGCCUUGAACUGUUCAAGAUACUGUAUAAUUUGUCGAUCUUCACCUGAAGUGUCAUACAGAGAAUGUAAAACAUACUUUUGUCGAUCAAAUUUUGAAACAGAUUUUCACACGGUUUGUAGGGUGACGAGGCAUUAAAGCAAACACCAUUAAAGCAAACAG